GCGAAGUGUGUUUCCGGGUUGAGCCCGGGAGGUGGGAGGGGGCGGUGUUUCGGCCGCCGUAGCUGACCGGAGAGGCUGAGGCGAGAGGGAGCUAUCCCGGUGGGGAGCCCGCACCCCCUUCUUCCUUUUCCUCCUCCUCUGGGUGAGAGGAGCGAAGGUUGGGGCCCUGACCCCAUGGACCGGGAGGAGGCGGAGGCCGCCGAGAGCCGGGGCCCCGCUGUGUGGCCCUGAGCCCCGUGGACUGGUCCUGCCUGUCUGGAAGGCCAUGGAGAAGCUGGGAAUGAAGCCAAGCUCUGCUUCCUGGAUUUUAUCAAGACUUUGUUGGCAGACAUCUGUGAAGUGGUUCAGAAGCCUGUACCUGUUUUGUAUUUGCUUCUGCUUCAGUGCUCUGUGGUUGACAAUAGAUGCCAAGGAGAGCAGGUGCCAGCAGGCAAAGACACAAUUUGGAGUUGGCCUGAGAUCUAGAGGAAAAAAUCACCUCCGGCUUCUUGAAGAAACCCCAUCUUUCCAGUCUUGUUGGGCUGCCUGCUGCCAGGACUCUGCCUGUCAUGCCUUUUGGUGGUUAGAAGGAAUAUGCCUUCAGGCAGACUGCAGCAGGCCCCAGAGCUGCCAGGCUUUUAGGACAGACUCUUCCAAUUCCAUAUUGGUGUUUUUAAAAAAAUUCCAAAUUGCAGAUGAUUUAGAUAUUCUACUUGAAGAUGAUGUACCACAUAUUCUGGGGCUAGAUUGGAGCAGGGCAUCUCAGAGGAGGCAGAGCCUACCCAGAGCUCCACUCAGACCCACUGUAUCUUCCAGUGACCAGCAGAGCUUAAUCAGGAAGCUUUGUAAGAGAGAGAGUCCCAGUGAAGAAGUAGCUGCAGUGACACAGCCUUCUAAAGUGAAUGCCUCCAAGGAACCAGGUGAUCUGAAUACCACUGGCUCUGCAGAGGUCCACAAGGCAGUUAUAAUUUCUAAUCCCUUAACCACAGACCAGACUGAGAAGAUUGCUGGUUGGUCAAAGAAUGUAUCAGUUCAACCUGAAACGUCCGAGGACCCUGGUACUACUUCUAGUGUUCAGCAAGUAAAAAGCCCUGGGAAAAUGCAGGUUGCUACCCCUCUGCCAGUGGCUCCCUCCUACAGUUAUGCUACCUCUACCCCCCAGACCUCAUUCCAGAGCACCUCAACACCAUACCCAGUUGUAAAGGAACUGGUGGUCUCUGCUGGAAACAGUGUCCAAAUUACCCUGCCUAAGAAUGAAGUUCAGUUAAAUGCAUAUGUUCUUCCAGAACCACUUGCAGGAGAAACCUACACCUACGACUGGCAGCUGAUUACUCAUCCUAAAGACUACAGUGGAGAAAUGGAAGGGAAACAUUCCCAGGUCCUCAAACUAUCCAAGCUCACUCCAGGCCUGUAUGAAUUCAGAGUGAUUGUAGAUGGUCAAAAUGCCCACGGGGAAGGCUAUGUGAAUGUGACAGUAAAACCAGAGCCUCGUAAGAAUCGGCCUCCUGUUGCCAUUGUGUCACCACAGUUCCAGGAGAUCUCUCUGCCAACUACUUCUACAGUCAUUGAUGGCAGCCAAAGCACUGAUGAUGAUAAAAUCGUCCAGUAUCAUUGGGAAGAGCUUAAGGGACCUCUGAGAGAAGAGAAGAUUUCUGAAGAUACGGCCAUAUUAAAACUAAGUAAGCUCGUCCCUGGGAACUACACUUUCAGCUUGACUGUAGUAGACUCUGAUGGAGCUACCAACUCUACCACUGCAAGCCUGACUGUGAACAAAGCUGUGGAUUACCCUCCUGUGGCCAAUGCAGGCCCCAACCAAGUGAUCACCCUGCCUCAAAACUCCAUCACCCUCUUUGGGAAUCAGAGCACUGAUGAUCAUGGCAUCACCAGCUAUGAGUGGUCACUCAGCCCAAGCAGCAAAGGGAAGGUGAUGGAGAUGCAGGGUGUUAGAACACCAACGCUGCAGCUUUCCGCCAUGCAAGAAGGAGACUACACUUACCAACUCACAGUGACUGACACAAUAGGACAGCAGGCCACUGCUCAAGUGACUGUUAUUGUGCAGCCUGAAAAUAACAAGCCUCCACAGGCAGAUGCAGGCCCAGAUAAAGAGCUGACUCUUCCUGUAGAUAGCACAACACUGGAUGGCAGCAAAAGCUCAGAUGAUCAGAAAAUCAUCUCAUAUCUCUGGGAAAAAACACAGGGACCUGACGGGGUACAGCUCGAGAAUGCUAACAGCAGUGUCGCCACUGUGGCUGGGCUGCAGGUGGGAACCUACGUGUUUACCUUGACUGUCAGAGAUGAGAGGAACCUGCAAAGCCAGAGCUCUGUGAAUGUCAUUGUCAAAGAAGAAAUGAACAAACCACCGAUAGCCAAGAUAACUGGGAUUGUGGUGAUUACCUUGCCCACGGACACAGCAGAGCUGGAUGGUUCCAAGUCCUCAGAUGACAAGGGAAUAGUCAGCUACCUCUGGACUCGAGAUGAGGGGAGCCCAGCAGCAGGGGACGUGUUAAAUCACUCUGACCAUCACCCUAUCCUCUUUCUUUCCAACCUGGUUGAGGGGACCUACACAUUUCACCUGAAAGUGACUGAUGCGAAGGGUGAGAGUGACACAGACCGGACCACUGUGGAGGUGAAACCUGAUCCCAGGAAAAACAACCUGGUGGAGAUCAUCUUGGAUGUCAACGUCAGUCAGCUCACUGAGAGGCUGAAGGGGAUGUUCAUCCGCCAGAUUGGGGUCCUCCUGGGGGUGCUGGAUUCCGACAUCAUUGUGCAAAAGAUUCAGCCGUACACGGAGCAGAGCACCAAGAUGGUAUUUUUUGUUCAAAACGAGCCUCCUCACCAGAUCUUCAAAGGCCAUGAGGUGGCAGCGAUGCUCAAGAGUGAGCUGCAGAAGCAAAAGGCAGACUUUCUGAUAUUCAGAGCCCUGGAAAUCAAUACUGUCACCUGCCAGUUGAACUGUUCUGACCAUGGCCACUGUGAUUCAUUCACCAAACGCUGUAUCUGUGACCCUUUCUGGAUGGAGAAUUUCAUCAAGGUGCAGCUGAGGGAUGGAGAUAGCAACUGUGAGUGGAGUGUGUUAUAUGUCAUCAUCGCUUCCUUUGUCAUCGUUGUUGCCUUGGGAAUUCUGUCCUGGACUGUGAUCUGUUGUUGUAAGAGGCAAAAAGGAAAACCCAAGAGAAAAAGCAAGUACAAGAUCCUGGAUGCCACGGAUCAGGAAAGCCUAGAAUUGAAGCCAACCUCCCGAGCAGGCAUCAAACAGAAGGGCCCAAUGCUGAGCAGCAGCCUGAUGCACUCGGAGUCCGAGCUGGACAGUGAUGAUGCCAUCUUCACGUGGCCAGACCGAGAGAAGGGCAAACUCCUGCAUGGUCAGAAUGGCUCCGUGCCCAACGGGCAGACCCCGCUCAAGGCCAGGAGCCCACGGGAGGAGAUCUUGUAGUCUCCGGGUCUGUCUCCUCAGGUUAGGGUCAGCAGUGCCAGUCUGCUUCUCAUACCUCCCAAGUCUGAGGGCAGCUGCUGGUCACUCCACCCUAACACCUCAACCAGAGCUGCUGGUACUUGAAUCUAGAGACAUUCUCCAGGCACCCCGGAAUGAAGCUGUGAACGAAGAGUUUUCCUCUUUAACCUGUCUGGUAGGUCCCCCCCAACGUCCUCACCUCAGGGCCACCUUUUUUCCAGCCUCUCCCCUGCUCCGAGGGCAGAUGGUGCCAGCUCCUGGCCUCCUCUCCAGCUCCCUGUUGGCAGGGUUGCUGCUCCCAGGGCGACUGCACAGUGAGGCCUGGCUGUGUCCUCCACACCUGGGUACAGAACGAAGCACCACAGCCGUCUGGCUCCAAAAGCCUGCUUGCGGGCAUGGUCUUUGUUCUCUUCUCGGGAUGGAGUGUGCCUCUCGCUAGGCCCAGAGGUAGUGUCACCCUCUCCUCACCACUGAGACUGGACUGGUAGUCCCGUAACAGCCUGGCCCAGGAUUCGGGGAGGGCUGGCUCUUUCAGGAAUGGAGAGGGGCCCCUCUGGCUGCUGAGCUGAUGUGUUAGAGCAGCCAGGCUGGACAGACUGCCACCCCCCUUCCUCCUGGCCAUCCUGGUUGCUUCAGGGCUCAGGCCACCAUGCCCUGUGCCCAGAGGAGACAGUCACAAACAGAAUGGAAAUGUUAUGGCAUGAGGGCGCAUGUGUGUGAGUGUCCCACGGUGGUUUCCUCUCAGUCUGUCUCUGUGUCCCUUGCAUGUGUGUGUGUGUGGGUGUGUGUUAGCGUGAGUGUGCAUCAGCUCCUCCUAGGGCUCUUGGCUACUCACCAGGCAAACCUGACCUGGAAAGACUUCCAGCUCCUUGGAACAGAGACUUACUGAAUCCAUCUGGGCCUGUCACUGGUUCCUCAGCCAUGGUAUCUGGGUGUUGAGGAAUGGGAGCUUUGGGAGAGUGGCUUUUUAAAAAGAAACUUACCGUUUAUACUACUGCACUACUGUCUGUUGUGAGAUGAUUAAACAUGGUAUUUAAUUGUA